AUGAAAGGCGACAUGUAUUCCUCUGAUAAUAACGCCCACCCCGAGGGCUAUAUGCAAAAUUACCGCGGCCACUACCCUCCACAGCUCUGGUCUGCAGGAACGCCAUCACAGCAGUCUUCCACUCCAAACACACUUCGUCCUCAUCACGCGGCAAGACGGCAUUAUGAAAACGGCCUAGAGGAAGAAGACUCCAGCCCCCAGGAAACCCUCUCUCCCCCGCCGUCCUUCGUGCCCCCCGCGCCCUCACCGCCUUCACAACCAGCCGUCCCUCAAAAUUUCAGUCGUCCGGAGCAGAACUUCCCUGCUCCAGUAGUCAUUGGCAGCAACAUGUUCAACCACCAGGAUCCCUACGUCUCCCAGCCUGCGGUCCGCUUCAAUGAGGCCCAGCUGGCAAUGGACGAAGUCUCUAACCAGACCCGCGCAAAAGGCUUCCGCGACGAGCUCACCAUUGCCGCCAACCGCUCCGUCACCCCGGGAGUUGAUGAUACCCCUUACAUCCAGUAUGCUCUCGAGGCUUUGACGCGUGAGCACGGCAACAACUUCACUCCUCCCUCCAGCUUGCCCUCCCCUGCGGAGAACAACAACGGCUACUACCGUGCUGCCGGCUACCUUCCGGACGAUCUUCAGCAACAGAGCCCGCAGAUCAGCGGUGACCCAGAAACUGGUUUCCAACCCAUGCUCGCGCCGCCGAUGUCCACGCACGCCCGUGAAUCGAUGCAACGCCCGCAGUCUCACCAGGCCGAGCGCCCGUCAAUGUCGCUCGGCACCCGUAUCAUGUCGCCGCCACAGACUGCCGACUCGGGAUACCGCCCGAGCCAAGAUUUCAGAAGACCCCUCCUCCCCGACUCUACACCAAAGUGGCUGCCGGUUAGUGAGAAGGAGUCCGUCUUCCCGGGUAUGACGAAGCUCGACACCAUCGACGAGACCCGCGAGACAUACCCCCGUCUCACACACGUGCCCGCUGUCCUGAGACUUCCCUCAAUGGCCGUACUGAUGCUCCUCUGCCUGCUGAUGGUUGCAGCGCUCAUGCUCUCGGCUAUCUACUCUCCGAUCCAGCCCGGUCUGUUGACCUACGGCGAGACCAUCUACAGCGUCAAAUACUUCCUGUUCCGCAUCCUCCCACAGAUCUGUGCGGCCUUCAUCUUCAUCUAUGUGCAGUGCGUUACAACCGCCACCAUUCGCAUCAUGCCCUUCGUCUCAAUGUCCGAGGAUGAGCCCAUGAGGAGACGCAACGCCCUCUUCCAGGACCUCUACCCCAAGACUUUCCUCCUCCCAAAGCUCGCCGGACCGAUCCACGUCAAGAUCGCGUUGGUCAUCCUCUGGCUCUCUGCUUUCACCAUCCCCCUCGCAAGCGCCUCCUUCACCGUCAUCCACAACGAAGUAUGGUACUGGACCGCCGUCCAGGGCACCAUCUGGGCGCUCGUAGGCCUCUACUUCCUCGUCAUCAUCGCUGUCAUCAUCCUUGCUUUGUACUGGCGCAACCGUGUUACAGGAUUGAUGUGGGACCCGCGCUCCAUUGCCGACUUCUCUUUCAUCAUUAGCAAGUCCAACACGCGCGAGUCCUACCGCGGAUCCGAGGUCGCUGAAAAUCGCACCCAGCUCCGCCAUAUCCUGCGCAACCGCAUCGUCGACCGUCUCGGCUACUGGAUGACAGACAACCAGGAGAACCCCUGGUACGGUCUCGGCACCGAGCACUCUCAGGGCCACAUGCCCUCCGACUUGCACUACGACACGAAGAACGAGUCCGACCGCCGCUCCAUCACCUCAAACCUCCUGGUCGCCGGCCACGACGACUACAUCCGCACCCUCUACCUCCCCUGGUGCCUCCGCACCAGCCAGGCGAUCUUCUUCGUCGUCGCAGCCACCGUCCUCCUCGCCGCCCUCUUUGUCGUCUCCUUCCUCAACCGCACUAGCCUCGUAAACGGCUUCAACCCGCGCGUCUCCGCUGCCCCCGGCCCAGGCGCCUUCUCUCCUGCCAACUUCCUCUACAGCUUCAUCCCCAGCUUCAUCGGACUGCUCCUGUACCUUGCGUUCCAGUCCAUCGACCUGAACAUCCGCAUCCUCCAGCCCUGGGCCGACCUCGGCGCCAAAGACGGCAGCCCUGCCUCCCGCUCUGUGCUCGCCGACUACGCCGCCUGUGUACCCAUCCAAUGCACCUUCCACGCCCUCCGCAACCGCCACUGGCGCGUCGCCGCAUUCUCCCUCCUCACGACGCUCCUCGCAUUCCUCCCCGCCCUCGCCGGUGGUCUGUUCAUGGCUCUCACCGCGAUUCCCGUAGGCGGCGUCCGCAUGUUCCCCGUCGUUCCCGUCUUCGGUGUCAUCCUCGCCCUCCUCAUCUUCUACCUCUUCGCUCUCGUCUCCCUCCUCUUCGGCAGGAACCAGUACCGCCUCCCGCACGCCGUCACCUGCCCCGCCGAGAUCUUCUCCUUCCUCGCCAACGAGGACAACGCCCAGGACCCCGUCUUCAAGACGCCCACGGCCCCGCAUACGAAGUCCGAACUGAGCGAUAGACUCGGUGCCGGGCCCGCGUCGGCGCAGAGCACAUGGAUGUUCGGAUACUGGCCUGGCCGCGACGAGAGGCGGUUGGGCGUGAGAAGGCAGAAGAGGUUUACCGAGCGAAAGGGCUUUCACGAACGGGCUCCUUCGCGUCGGUCUAUGAUUUAA